AAUGAAGUAGAACACGUUUCAAUGAGAAGGUGUAAAUUGAAAUCACUUUCACCGCUUAAAGCAUAAUUGUAAAAUGAGAACACGUUUCAAUUAACGAUGAUAUGAGUCUCUAACUUUCAUGACCUGUCACUUAAUCUUAUUACUAAUUUACAAUUAUGCUCCUCAAUCUCUGAUCAGCUACUGUUGAUCACUCCCUCCGCCGCCAUGACUACAUUCGAGGUGGUUUUCAUCGCUACCCCCGCCCUCGGAAACCUUAUCCCCGCCGUCGAAUUCGCCAACCUCCUAACCAAACACCACCGUCAUCUCUCCGCCACCGUUCUCAUCAUCACCAUCCCUCACCGACCACUCGUCAACACCUACGCCCAAUCCCGCGCUUCCUCCGCCACCAAUCUCCGAUUCCUCCACCUCCCUCCGGUGGACCCGCCCGCACCCGAUCAGUACCGCUCCUCCUUCGCCUUCAUCAACCUCCUCAUCGAGAAACAUAACCACCACAUCAAACGCGCACUGCUUGACCUCAAGUCAACUUCCGAUUCGGUCCGAAUCGCUGCGUUGUUCGUUGAUAUGUUCACCACCACCGCUAUUGACAUCGCCGCCGAGCUCGAUGUCCCCUGCUACCUCUUCUUCGCUUCGCCGGCGAGCUUCCUCGGAUUCACGCUCCACCUGCCAUCAUCGGAAGCUAUGGAAUCGGAAACUGAGUUUGUGGUUCCGAGUUUCAGAAACCCGCUGCCCCGACCCGUUUUACCGAACCUGGUUCUGGAUGCUGGAGACGCGAGAUCCUGGGUUUCAUACCAUGCGGGAAGGUACAGGGAGACAAAGGGCAUUGUUGUAAAUACUGUUGAUGAGCUUGAGCUUUACGCGCUUCGGUCACUCCAUGAUGAUCCGCGGUUGCCACCAGUUUACGCGAUUGGGCUUGUUCUUGACCUUGACGGUUCGGCCCGAUGGGACCCGAACUGGGUCCAGUGUGGUCAGAUCAUGGAGUGGCUGGACCGGCAGCCAACGAGUUCUGUGGUUUUUCUAUGCUUUGGUAGCAUGGGAAGCCUGAAACCAAGCCAGGUCGAGCAGAUUGCGAUUGGGCUUGAGCGGGCCGGGGUGAGGUUUUUAUGGGCUUUGCGCGAGCCUCCGAAGGCCCAAUUAUCGGACCCAAGGGACUAUGAAGAUUACAAGGAUGUGUUGCCAGAUGGGUUUCUAGAACGAACGACGGGGAUUGGUUUGGUUUGCGGGUGGGUCCCGCAGAUGAAGGUGUUGGCCCACGUGGCAAUUGGUGGGUUCGUGUCACAUUGCGGGUGGAACUCGAUAUUGGAGAGCUUGUGGCACGGCGUGCCGAUUGCCACAUGGCCAGUGUACGCGGAGCAGCAGAUGAAUGCAUUUGAGAUGGUUAAGGAACUGGGUUUAAGUGUGGAGAUUAGGUUGGAUUAUAGGGCGGGUGGGGAUCUGGUGCGGGCGGAGGAGGUUGAGAAGGGUGUGAGGUUGCUGAUGAACGAUAGUGAUGAGAUCAGGAGAAAGGUGAUGGAGAUGAGUGGUAAGUGUAAGAUGGCCUUGAUUGAGAAUGGGUCAUCUUACGGUAACCUUGUGUUCCUUAUUCAAGAGUUGACCAACCCAUGCAUAUGAAGCUCUUUGGGUACAAUUUAGACAGUUAAUAAGUUGGAUUGGGCUACACUCUUGAGUCUUAUAUUUGCUCAUAUUUGUGCAUGGUUUGUAUAAUUAUAUGGGCCUGUACCCUGCCAUGGGUUUGUACAUAUAUAUGUUCACAUGCGCGCAUAAACACUUUGUAAUGCAAUAAGUGAAAAGAUAUGGUCAUUGACCAGGUUUAUAUAAA